UGGGAGGAUUCCAAACGAUGAUGCGAAAUGCGUGUCCGGAAAACCGAAGCCGACUAACGGUUGGUGCAAAAAUAAAAACAAUCAAUGUUGAUGGGUGCGCCCGAGUCGAGUAUGCACAAUGUUGGGACUGAUGAUGAAAAGAAUGUGGUGCUGAAUGAGCUGUUGUAACGAUAAAAGUCGGCGAAACAACGAUGUCGAGGGAGAGAACGAGUCGGACUUGUCAAAACCGUGGCCGUGUGACGAAGGAAGGAGAUCACCUUGGGCCGCAGUGGAGUGAAAGACGCAACCUUCUUCAGGACUUUGUUUCGGUGGCGAGACCAGAACUAAGAAGUCGCUACCUUCCAGGUUAUUAUCAGCCGAUGCGAGGAGCGGCGGUGCUGAGAAGGACAGGCGCACUUGAAACUGGUUCCCUCGAGUCCCAAAUUUCCGGAAAGGGUUGGCUCACUUUUGUGCUGCCUGCGGGUCAAAGCAGACGAACGCGACAAGCAGAGAGACCGCUUUCACUCGCGAUCCUGCUAUCACACAAAGGCGGUUUUGUCGACGGCACAGCUGACCGUUCCACCAAUCCAGAAUUGAAGAUUGCUUUGGCAAUACUUCCUUGCGUCCGCCGAGAGAUGUUUGUUGGCAAUGUCCUUUUACAGACCCGUCGGGCUGGGAAUUAACGUUGAGUGCGUCGAAUCGAAAGCGAAGAACGAUCAGAGUCGAGGCU